UAAUGACAUUCGAACAAGCAGCAAAAUAUCGCUACAACCCCUUUGAUGCAACAAAAACUUGGUCUGAAGCAGAAUUCCCUUUAAUAACUGUUGGACAAGUAACACUAAAUAAAAACCCUACCAACUUUUUUGCUCAAGUGGAACAGGCUGCUUUUGACCCUGCAAGGAUGGUUAGGGGAAUUGAAGCUUCUCCUGACAAAUUACUUCAGGGUAGGGUUUAUUUUUUUGAGAGAGGGGGAAUUUAG